AUGCCUGAGAUGAGGGAGUGUCCGGGACCAAGUGACCCAGUGACUGGGGAGAAGGCCCUGCUGGGAGGACCGUACCUGGCUGGCUGCUGCUGUCGCUGCUGCUGCUACAGUGCCAACAUCACGCAGUACAGCACGCAAGCACCCAAUGUCAUUUUCAUUUCUAAGGUCAGCCUCAUCAACAGCCUCCGACAAGAAACCGAGGACCUGGCUAAGCAAACGCAGGUGGGCCUGGAAGUCAGCGCCGUUACCGACCCCAACAGGCUCCCCUGGGCUGGGAGGCGGCGCAGUUUGCGCUGCUGGUGCCCAAGGCUGUUCUACAGUAGGUCAGGACGAGUGAGGCAUGCAGUGCGCGGGCUCACUCUGAGCUCUCCUAACUGUCAGCUGUGUGGCUAUUACUUGUCUUUCCCUGGUCGGACAACCGAAAUUCACAAACGGCUGUUCAACAAUAUGUCAGUUAACAUGGCACUGAUGUAUUUAAUCAGUGGACCAGGUGUGGAUAGAUAUCCGGAGAUUGGCUUGUUUUCUAUAGAAGAUCACGAGAAUGGAAAAGUCUAUGUUCACCGCCCUGUUGACCGAGAGACGACGCCAUCUUUUACGGUUUACUUCGAUGUUGUGAACCGUUUGACAGGAGAGUACGUGGACAACUCCUUGAUCUUCAACAUCAGGAUCACUGAUGUGAAUGACCAUGCGCCCCAGUUCCCCGAGAAUGAAUUCAAUGUCAGUGUGAGAGAGAGCCACGCAGCAGGUCAGCCUGUUCUUCAGCUGUUAACGGUUGAUUUGGAUGAAGAAAAUACUCCAAAUUCUCGAGUCCUUUACUUCCUCGUUUCACAAAAGCCAUUACUGAAGGAAAGUGGCUUCGAGAUCGACCGUGAUAGUGGAGAAAUCCGACUCUUGGGAUGCUUAGAUUAUGAGACUGCUCCUCGGUUUACUCUACUAAUCAGAGCGAGGGACUGCGGGGAGCCACCGCUGUCGGCCACGGCCACGGUUCACAUCAGCGUGCAGGAAGGCAACAACCACAGGCCCACGUUCAUCCAGGAGAAUUACAAGAUUCAGGUUCCCGAAGGCCGAGUCAGCCCGGACGUGCUGCGUCUCCCGGUCCAGGACGAUGACUCGCCAUUCACGUCAGCUUGGAGGGCAAAGUUCAACAUAUCCAAUGGCAACGAAGAGGGACAUUUUGACAUUUCGACUGACCCUGAGACCAACGAAGGGAUACUAAAUGUUAUCAAGGCUUUGGAUUACGAAACGCAUCCCGCGUGCAGCCUGGUCAUUGCCGUGGAAAACGAGGAGCUGCUGGUCCCCUGCGAGGCCGGCGAGCUGCAGAAGCCCAGGAGGAAGACUGCAGUCAGCGCCAUGGUGCUCGUGCAGGUGACAGACGCCAACGACCCGCCAGCCUUCCACCCCAGGAGCUUCGUCGUUAGCGAGGUCGAAGGCGCCAGGCCCGGGACGCGCUUGGGAAGGUUUAACGCUACAGACCCAGACGGAAGCGGCAGCCAGAUAAGGUAUGAGCUGGCUCACGAUCCUGCAAGCUGGGUCACCGUGGACGAGCGCUCGGGAGUGGUUGUCACCAGGCGGCGGCUGGACCGAGAGUCCCCGCACGUGAACAACGGCGUGUAUGUCGUCAUCGCACAUGCUGUUGAUGAGGGCCACCCGCCGCAGACGGGGACGGGGACCCUGAUGCUCCUCCUGUCUGACAUCAAUGCCAACGCCCCGAGUCUGCACCCGCACUCUCGGUACCUGGAGGUCUGCGAGUCCUCGGAGCCCGAGCCCCUCCUCAUUGAGGCCGAGGACGGCGACUUGGAGCCCUCCUCGGACCCGUUUACUUUUGAACUGGACACCACAGGACAUGCACGAGUCACGUGGAAACUGGGGGAAAAUCGGGGUCGGUCGGUUGAACUUUUAAUGCUGAGAAGCCUGCCUCCUGGCGAUUACUCAGUGCCGCUUUCCAUCGGAGACGGACAGGGCCUUUCCCAGAAGCAGACUGUCCACGUGAGGGUCUGUUCCUGUCCUGGCGGAGCCACGUGUGCGGCGGAGCCAUUAGCUGCCGGACCAGAGCUCCCUGUGGGGGUCCUUGCUCCUCUCUGCGUGGUGUUCCUGGCUCUGGCAGUUGCUCUGCUUCUCCUGCUGCGAUGCGAUUGUGUGUCUGGAGCCAAGAGGCACCGAUGCCCCGCCCUGCACCAAGAGGGCCAGCAGACCCUGAUCACGUACAAUGACGAGAGCAGAGCCAUCGCAGGCCAGGUUGGGUCAGAGGUCAGGAAUCAGAAGCCAGCCCUGCCCACCCACAUAGCGGAGGAAGGCGCCUUGCUGGGUGCUAAGGUUUACCUGGGUACCGAGGUGCCCAGACAACCCCUGGAAGUGAGGGCGGGAGUGAUGGCGGAGAUCCUGCAUCAGAAGCUCUGUGGGCUCCAUGCGCUGGCCGCAGACCCCGGGUCCCUGCCUCACAUCUACAUGGAGGAGGGGGAGCUGGAAGGGGCAGAAAGUCUGAGCUCACUUGCCUUCUCAGAGCACACACCGUCACUGCCCAACCUGCUGGACUGGCUGGGGCCCAGGCCUGAAGAAACGCAUCCCAGAGCAUCUCCUAAAAGUCCGGUCUGUGCUGGUCGGGUAGCCGCUGACCACCAGCGUGGAGGGCCAGGCUCGGACCCAGGGGCCUCAGUCAUGCCCCUCAGCGAGGUCAGGGCCAGCUCCACCCUAAAUCUCCGCGCGUCCAAGGGAAACUCAUGCUUCGUGUCCCUGCUUCUGAGGAAGGGCAGAUGCCCUGAGCUGCCUGUGUUCUCUGACCAGGCCCCAAAGCUGCCUGUGCUCUCUGACCAGGCCCUAAAGCUGCCCGUGCUCUCUGACCAGGCCCUGAAGCUGCCCGUGCUCUCUGACCAGGCCCUGAGCUGUGCAGCUGGGGCGGCCUCGGCCAGCAUCCAGGCCCAGGUCAGCUUCUCCUCUGACCCCCAGGCUCCUCCCAUGCCCCCUGGCAUGGCUCUGGGCAAGUGUACCUCCCCCUGGCCUCUGCCUCCCUUCCAGCUGUAG